CCGCGCCCGUCACAAGAGCUCGCCGACCCGAAAACUUGCCCAUCACGCAGUGCCUUAAUUUCCAACUCGAGACCGACUGACCGCUCGUCAGCCACUCUACUACGGCUCGGCAUCAGCUGAUAGGCCGCGAUAGCGCUUGGUUUGAAACAAAUGCACCUUCCCUACAAUAAAGUUUUGUGAAUUCGGCGGCCUUGAUGAUACAGCAAGUCGGCUUGAAGAGGAACACACGAUCCCCUUGACAACUGCCUCUGCCUCUCGCCUGGCUACAAUUUCAGAACAAUGAAGCUACAAAUUUUCACAGUCGAUGCCUUCACUGAUCAACCCUUCUCUGGAAACCCGGCUGCUGUGGUGCCCCUCCUGGAGCCUUUAGAAGAGCAGACACUGCAAAAUUUGGCUUCAGAACUCAACCUGUCAGAGACAGCAUAUGUCAGUCCCAUAGGAGGUGACACUGAAUCAUGGGUGACUUCAUCUCAAUUCACUCUCAGGUGGUUCACACCAACAAAUGAGGUACCCCUUUGUGGCCAUGCAACCUUGGCCACUGCCCACACUCUAUUCAAUUGUUUAGGAAAUAGGAACAACAGAUUAGAGUUUAAGACUAUGAGUGGUGUGUUAGUUGCUCGAAAGGAGAGCAGCAACAUUGUUUUAGAUUUCCCAGAAAAUCCGCCUGAGCCUCUAACAGCAGAACAAACAACUGAUUUAGAUGUUCUUGUGAAAGGAGUGGUUAACAACCUCCUUGUAGAUACUGUUUUACUUUCACACACAACAAAGAAACUUCUAGUGAAGCUUCAUAGCUCAUGUACUAGGAAAGACCUGGAAAGCCUAAAGCCAGAUACUGCAUCAUUAUUAAGUCUUCAUAAUGGAUCAUUAGUCAAAGGAAUUAUAGUUACUCUGAGUGGUGGGCUGCAAGGGGAGAUGUCAGAGGACAGUCAGCUUUACCAUUGCAUUUCUCGCUACUUUGCACCUUGGAAUGGCAUCCCAGAAGACCCUGUUACUGGUUCUGCACACACUGUUUUAGGCCCCUUCUGGUCAAAAGAGUUGGGAAUGACUCGCCUAAGAUGUCGUCAGUGUUCCCCACGUGGUGGUGACCUAAUUGUAAGUGUUCGAGGCGAUGGCAGAGUCGAUCUUGCAGGCAAGGCCACUACUGUCAUUCAAGGCCAUAUAUCAAUUUGAUAAUAAAUUCAGGUAUUAUUCUUAAAGUUCACAAAAAGAUAAAAACUGAAUUGUACUAAGACUUUUAAAAAUGUAGAAGCACACACCCCUACACCAACAGCCACGUGCACAGUCACAGCCACAACCACAACCACAGACACAGUCACAGCCACACCACAGCCACACCACAGCCACACCACAGCCACCCUCCUCCCCCGCACAUUUAUAUAAAGAUAAAAUAUUUUGAAUAUGGAACACUAACCUCAUGCAUAUGUUUGCUUUAUUAAUUGUCUUUUGUUUGUAUUACUUUUGACUAAAGGAAAAAAAGAAUUGAAGGGAAGUAAUAGCCCGUGGAAAAAAACAGGUAAUUGAAUAGCUAACUAAGAAUACAUUAAUGAUAACAUUGUAUUAAUUUUUUUUCUGAAGCUUGAAUACUAGUUUUAUUCAAAACAAACAUGUUUCAUAAAAUUAAGAAUUAACAAUGACUUUUUGAAUAUAAGUAUGAAAUAUCCUUUUUUUAUAAGUUUUUAUAUUUAACACUUAAUGUUUACAUACCUUUGGUGAUGGUGUAUAUAUGAUUGGCUCUGUAUGACUAGGGACAUCUCUUUGAAGAUUCCCUUAAAAAGUACAGUAUAUUGGUAUUGGUGUAAGAUCUGUACAAAUAUUGUCUGUUUUUAUAAACAUCUUUUUGAAGUGAAUAAAAAAGCAAGAAA